AACCUGUAACCAUGAAUGCUAUCUUCGGUGGUGUCUGUUUUGUGUGAGGGACGGCAGGUGUGUAUUUACUGUGUGAGAGGGACGGCAGGUGUGUAUUUACUGUGUGAGAGGGACGGCAGGUGUGUAUUUACUGUGUGUGUUUGUGUACCUGUGUCCUUAGUUCCCUUGGGUGAGAAGCGUCUGAUGGAUGUGAAGCUGGGAGAGUUGGGCUCCUGGUUGGGCAAGAGGGACUUCACUCCUAACGGAGUCCUCGCCAGCAUCCGCAAUGGCCAUGAUAGAUAUUACAACAAGUACAUCAAUGUGAAGAAGGGAGGUAUUGGAGGCGUGGCCAUGCUGCUGGUUGGAUACGUGGCCCUCAGUUACAUGUGGGAGUACGACCACCUCAAGCACGACCGCUGGAGGAAGUACCACUAAAGCCCCUCCUCUCCUGACCCAGCAGGGCAAAAGCCUGACCUCUGACCCCCUAGCUCCAGCUGUCUGUAUAAUACCACCGUUGUGACCAAGAAUAAAUAAAACUACUUCUAAUAUUUAA